AUGGAUUUGUGCACAGCUUCAUCAAGAGGUGCAGUUCAACAGGCUCAAACCUUGCUUCAAACGGGAAUCGACCCAAAUACUAGCUCAACUCGAUGGAAUGCUCGUCUAGCUUGCACUGUCGAUUCAUCUGCCUCUUCACAUGAAAACAACGACGAAAAUGCUGAUUCUGAUGUAUAUAUGGCUUUGCCGUUACAUUUGGCAGUUAUUCAUGGCCAUUAUGAUAUGGUGCAAUUGCUGCUAGAUCAUGGCGCGUCGAUGACAAAAAAAGACUCUAGAGAUAGAACGGCAAUAAUUUGCUGCAUCUACGGAUCAUGCGAUACUCUGACCAUCACAUCUCAAAACCAGUUGAUAGUGACAAAAACUACGUCAAAUCAUAUUGCCAUAAUGCGAUUGUUACUUCGAAUUUUGGUCAAAGACACACCCGACAUGUUUGAUGAGUGCGCUAACAAUCCACAGAGUGGAAAAUUGCUACGAGGUGUUACUCCACUUUGUCUGGCUGCUUAUCUUGGCAAAUCAGAAAUGGUGCGCACAUUGAUUCAAAGUGGUGCCAUGGCAAAUGCUCAAGAUCUCAAUGGUACGUCUACAACCAAGGUUUUAGUUGGCAAGGGGUUCGACGCCGCUAAUGUAUGCAGGUACGUAUUGAUUAUUUUCAUUAGAUUUAGUAUAUUGCCCAACAUGUAUAGACAUGUCCAUAUAUGA